AUGGAGGGGAAGGAGGAGGACGUGCGCCUGGGCGCCAACAAGUUCUCGGAGCGGCAGCCCAUCGGGACGGCGGCGCAGGGCGCCGGGGACGACAAGGACUACAAGGAGCCCCCGCCGGCGCCGCUGUUCGAGCCCGGGGAGCUCAAGUCCUGGUCCUUCUACCGCGCGGGCAUCGCCGAGUUCGUCGCCACCUUCCUCUUCCUCUACAUCACCAUCCUCACCGUCAUGGGCGUCUCCAAGUCCACCUCCAAGUGCGCCACCGUCGGCAUCCAGGGCAUCGCCUGGUCCUUUGGAGGGAUGAUCUUCGCGCUCGUCUACUGCACCGCCGGCAUCUCCGGAGGACACAUCAACCCAGCUGUGACUUUCGGGCUGUUCUUGGCCAGGAAGCUGUCCCUGACUAGGGCCAUCUUCUACAUUAUCAUGCAAUGCCUGGGUGCCAUCUGCGGAGCUGGAGUGGUGAAGGGCUUCCAGCAGGGGCUUUACAUGGGCAACGGUGGUGGUGCUAAUGUUGUUGCCCCUGGCUAUACCAAGGGUGAUGGCCUUGGCGCUGAGAUCGUUGGCACCUUCGUCCUGGUCUACACCGUCUUCUCGGCCACUGAUGCCAAGAGGAAUGCCAGGGACUCCCAUGUUCCUAUCCUUGCCCCACUGCCAAUUGGGUUCGCGGUGUUCCUGGUCCACCUUGCCACCAUCCCCAUUACUGGCACUGGCAUCAACCCAGCUAGGAGCCUUGGCGCUGCCAUCAUCUACAACAGGGAUCACGCCUGGAGCGACCAUUGGAUCUUCUGGGUCGGCCCCUUCAUUGGCGCUGCCCUGGCUGCCAUCUACCACCAGGUGAUCAUCAGGGCCAUCCCGUUCAAGAGCAGGUCUUAA